UCAAGGAGCUCUGGUUCAGGCGCCCACUAUGCCCUGUGUGCCCUUGGAGUGGGCGUCAUUGCCCUUGGCAUUGUCAUGAUUGUUUGGACUGUGAUACCUGGAGGGGAUUCGGGUGCCUCUCCAAAACCAUCAGGCAACUCCACAGGACCUAAUAACAACGGUGGUGGUAAUAAUUCAGGAGCCACAAAGACCCCAACAGUGGCCAUGGUGCUUGUUGGAGUUGGGGCACUGAUGCUGAUCUUGGCCAUUGGCCUUGGUUUAAAGAGCAAGAAGAGAGCUCAGGAUAGAAGGAGUGAGCCUGUGACCACAGGAGUCCCCUUUAUGACUCCGAUACCAGAGGAGCCUCAGCCCGACCCAACUACGUACAACGUGCCAACCUAUGAGGAAGUUGUCAGCAGCAGUGAGUACCCCGUGCGUCAGAGUAACCUUCGGCAGAGCACCUCUCACCUGCCGUCCUACGAGGACAUCAUAGCUGCGGUGGAAAACGAGGGAACAGAGCCCGCUAACAACACGACUGACGAAACCCCUGUUAAUGAUCAACCUGCAGCCGCUGAGCCUCCAUCUGAACCCGCUGGCCUUACAUCUAACCCCAGUAUGCCAACCCGCAGUGCUAGUCGGGCCAGCCGCUUGCUCCGGCCCCUCCGAGUGAGAAGAAUCAAAUCUGACAAACUGCACCUGAAGGACUUCCGCCUUCAAAUCCGCACCCCCACACAGAACCCAGUAACCAUUGAACCCAUCACUCCUCCUCCACAGUAUGAAGAUAAGAUGCCUGAAUUGAAGUAGGGCAAGCGUUCUACAUCUAUCUUAAUAUGCGUUUCUAAAAAAAGGAAAAAAUUAAUGUAACACUUAUGAAUUUAGUGGAUUUAUCGUAACAUUUCUGGAGAAAACGAUGUGAAAGGUUUGUGUUAAGCAGGUAAAUGCAGUAAGAACAAAGGGGCCACACAAGCCCACUGCUGAAAUUAGAAUCUUGUUCUUUACCAAAAAGCUCUGAAUUUGCAUAUUUAUGCUAUUAUAAUUCAUUAUUAGGUAUGUGUGAAAGGAUCCGCUUUCAGAUUUAAGUCUGUUGUUUCUAACAAUCAUGUUAUAAUUUAUGUCAAACAGAGGAUAGUCUUUCAAUUUUAUUUAUUAGCCAGCUGUAACAUGUUUUUCACCUUUCCAAGACUUAAUGUUAUUGCUGUGUCUUGAUUCUGGUUUGCUUUGAAGUUUGGAGAAGUUGAAAUUACAUCCUACAAUUUAACGCGAGAAUCAUUAUUAUUUUUAAAUCAUGCUACGUUUAAGUAUUCU